AUGAAGUAAAUAGGAAUGAAAUUAUAAUUAGAGAAUAGGCCAAAAAAAUGAAUAGAACUUGUAUGAAGAUCAAUUACAUUAUUCAGAUUUAGAGCUAAGUAAUACCAGUAAAAUGAUUGAUGCUAAUUGAAAAAGUAAAUGAAUCAAUAUUUUAUUUAGGUUAAACAUUAAGUAAUUUCAAAUAAAUAAUAUAAAAAAGCAUUUUAAGUUUGAAAGAAGAGCAUUCCUUUAUUUCAAAAAUAUGUUAUGUUUUAUCAUAAUAUGAAAUAAAAUUAAUAGAUAGAUAUCAUUUGAAGUGGCAAUCUUCAGCUAAUUCAUAAUUUGAUUAAGUAUGAUCUACUAAUUAAGUAGUGCAAAUCGAAUGAAGACGAAUAUAGAGAACUAAUAAAGCAAAUAAAACUGGCAGGCAUUUAAAUAUAAUUUUAUCAAUUAUGA